UCUUAUUAUUAUAUAUUUCAUAAAAGGUUCAUGCAUCAUUUUUAACGAAGUAAAUUAAAAUUAUAUGAUUUUAUGUACAUUUCAAAUAUUGGUUUACAGUAUGUAAGGUUAUGUUGUGGAAAACAUCGUACAAAGAACAUCUGUAAUUAGUACUAAUAAAGUUUAAAAAAUGUAAGAUUAUAAAAUACUUCAAUAGUACCUUAUACAAUACUGUUACUAAUAUUAAAAUUAAAUAAUUAUUUGAAGAUUACCGCAUACAAAUACAUGAACUUCUCGUAAAAAAUGCAGGCCGCAUUUGAACCUUUCUUACGUCGGUUCUUGUUCAAUAUUCAAAAUGUUCGUAGUAUAAACAAUACUGUGACAAAUUUUGCAUUACCAGCAGACAGUGUAAUGUAUGUUUUUGACAGAAAUGCAAAAUUACUUCAAAGAGAACGUGCUGCUCAAGCAUCCGACGUGAAAGUAUAUGAUUAUAUUAAAGAUGAAGUAGGCUCCAGAUUAGCAGAUAGAAUAUUUGACAUAAGAAGAACAUUUAAAAAAGCUCUUGAUUUAGGAUGUGGUCGAGGUCAUGUAUCUAAACAGAUUUUACCAGAAUCUGUGGAGGAAUUGAUUUUAGCUGACUUGUCUCCAACCUUUGUGCAACAAGCAGAAGUUGGAGAAGGAGUUAAAGCAAAGCGUACAGUUAUAGAUGAAGAAAAUCUUGAAUUGGAACCCAACAGUUUAGAUUUAGUAAUAAGUUCACUGAGUCUUCAUUGGGUGAAUGAUUUACCACAGUGUUUCAAGAAUAUUAAUAAAGCUUUAAAGAAUGAUGGUGUCUUUAUGGCAGCAAUAUUUGGAGGAGAGACUCUGUAUGAAUUAAGAAGUUCUUUACAGUUAGCCGAAAUAGAAAGAGAUGGUGGUAUUUCAGCACACAUUUCUCCAUUUACAGAAAUUAGAGAUGUUGGAGCUUUGUUAACAAGAGCUAAUUUUACAAUGUUAACAAUUGAUACAGAUGAAAUAGUAAUUGGUUAUCCUAGUAUGUUUGAAUUAAUGUGGGAUUUAAAAGGAAUGGCUGAAAAUAAUGCAGUAAUGAAACGAAAAUUACGUUUAAAUAAAGAUACUGUUCUUGCAGCUUCUACAAUAUACAAAGAAUUAUAUGGAAAGCUUAAAGAUGAUGGAAGUUCAUAUGUACCUGCUACAUUUCAAAUAAUAUAUCUAUUAGGUUGGAAACCAGAUCCAUCACAGCCAAAGCCUUUAGAAAGAGGAAGUGGACAAGUAUCACUUAAAGACUUGUACAGAUUAGAUGAAAUUAUAAAAGAAACAAAGAAGGUCAAAACAGAUGAUUAGUAACUAUUACAAAUAGUAUGUAAAAUAUUGUAAAUAUUCAUGUUAAAUACAAAAUUCAUAUAUUCAUUAUAUAACUCCAUUUCCAUAUA